CCCCUCCCCGGCCCUGGAUUCCACUUCCCCUCCGCUCGCGCUGCAGCCGCAGCCGCCUCCAGGCCCCGCGCCGCCUCCGGAGUCCAUGGCCGGGACGCGCUGGGUGCUCGGGGCGCUGCUCCGGGGCUGCGGCUGCAACUGCAGCAGCUGCCGGCGCACCGGCGCCGCCUGCCUGCCCUUCUACUCGGCCGCCGGCUCCUUCCCUUCGGGCGUCUCGGGCCGGCGCCGCCUGCUGCUGCUGCUCGGGGCCGCCGCGGCCGCCGCCUCCCAGACGCGCGGCCUCCAGACCGGGCCGGCGCCCGCCGGGAGGCUGGCGGGGCCUCCCCCCGCGGCCACCUCCGCCGCCGCCGCGGCCGCCGCCUCCUACCCGGCCCUGCGCGCCCCGCUGCUGCCGCAGUCGCUGGCGGCGGCCGCCGGCCCGGCGCGGGGCUACAGCCAGGAGUCUAAAGCUACCUACCUGGAAGACCUUCCACCUCCCCCUGAGUAUGAAUUGCCUCCAUCCAAGUUAGGAGAGGAAGUGGAUGAUGUUUAUCUGAUUCGAGCUCAAGGAUUACCAUGGUCGUGCACUGUCGAAGAUGUGCUUAGCUUUUUUUCAGACUGCAGAAUCCGCAAUGGUGAGAAUGGAAUACACUUCCUCUUAAAUAGAGAUGGGAAACGAAGAGGUGAUGCCUUAAUUGAAAUGGAGUCAGAGCAGGAUGUGCAGAAAGCCUUAGAAAAGCACCGCUUGUACAUGGGGCAGCGGUAUGUGGAAGUAUAUGAGAUAAACAAUGAAGAUGUGGAUGCCUUAAUGAAGAGCCUGCAGGUUAAAUCUUCCCCUGUGGUAAAUGAUGGUGUGGUUCGCUUGAGAGGACUUCCUUAUAGUUGCAAUGAGAAAGACAUUAUAGACUUCUUUGCAGGACUGAAUAUAGUAGACAUUACUUUUGUGAUGGACUAUAGAGGGAGAAGAAAGACAGGAGAAGCCUAUGUGCAGUUUGAAGAACCAGAAAUGGCCAACCAAGCCCUGUUGAAACACAGGGAAGAAAUCGGUAACCGAUAUAUAGAGAUAUUUCCAAGCAGAAGGAAUGAAGUUCGAACACAUGUUGGUUCUCAUAAGGGAAAGAAAAUGGCAUCUCCUACUGCUAAGUAUAUAACUGAGCCAGAUGUGGUCUUUGAAGAACAGGAAGUAAAUGAGGAUAUUCGACCUAUGACAGCUUAUGAAAGUGAGAAGGAAAUCGAAUUGCCUAAGGAGAUGUCAGAAAAGCUUCCGGAGCCUGGUGAUUUUGGAACUACAUCUUCACUACACUUUGUUCAUAUGAGAGGAUUGCCUUUCCAAGCCAAUGCCCAAGACAUUAUAAACUUUUUUGCUCCACUGAAGCCUGUUAGAAUCACCAUGGAAUACAGUUCCAGUGGGAAGGCCACUGGAGAAGCUGAUGUGCACUUCGAUUCCCAUGAGGAUGCUGUUGCAGCUAUGCUCAAGGAUCGGUCCCACGUUCAGCAUAGGUAUAUUGAAUUGUUCCUGAAUUCAUGUCCAAAGGGAAAAUAAGACUCCAGAUAAUAAGGAUGAAGCAAGAAGCAUUUCAUUUGCACAUCUUUCUUGGAUAUGGGAUAUACAGUUCCAGUGUUUUAGCAGCAACUGUUAGAGAAAGGAUAUGGGGGUUUUGGGUUAAUUGCUUAAGAAAAAUUCCAUAGUGGACUGUUUAGAAAGAAAAAGGAAAGAUUCAGUUUGGAAUUAAAUAAAUCACAAAUUUAAAUUUUGUUUAAAACUGUCUAGGAUAGGAUCUGAUUUACAAAUCUGGUCUUUAUUUUAUGAUUAAAUAAUUUGUUUUCAUAGAGAUUGUUAUCCAAUGUAAAGACUGCAUAUUUUUAUUCAGCCCUGUCAUUUAAAAUCUUCCUCCCAUUUUAAAAAUGAUUUUUUUGAGAGCUCUGAUAAAAAACUUCCUAAGGAAUAAAAUACUGAUUUAUUUUAACCAAAUACUCACCAAAGCAAAGAAAGGUUUCAGACCUUUGAAUCAUUAUUAUUUGGUAGAGUAGUUAUAAUUUUAGGUGUAUUGAUGACUUAAGGGGUAGGAAUGUAAAAAAAAAAAAAAGAUUCAAAACAAAAAAAUAAAUACCACUGGUUAGUAUAAUGGACAACUGUUCGGCAGUGUCACAUCUUUAGAAAUGUUUGGCCUUUCUAAGCUUGUGCUACUGGCAUUUAACAUAGUGCCUGUGUGCUUUUGGAGGGAAUUCUAGUCUCAACUUAAAAGUUGUCUGAACACAUCCCCAUCCUCUGACCCCCUUUUUUGGUUUUGGGUAAACAUUAGGGGUGUUAGUCUCAAAACUGUGAAGUGACAUCUCAAAACAGUUCCUACUGGUAAGGAUCUUAAUGGCUUCACAUGAAUUUAAACCAGCUCUAGAUAGGAAAAAACCUAAGUCCCUUCAUUUGCUUUUUCAGUGGGGUAGCACAUCCCAUAUUUUAGAACAGUAGGGGUGCCUUGCUUAAAUAAAAAUAGCAUUUAAUGUAUAAUUGUGUGAAGGGUUUAUGGAUAAAGCUGUACUUAUGUCACAUUGUGGCAGUACAUUCUGCUUUCAUAUUAAAUAGCUUGUUAUUUAAAUAUUGGAUCAAAAUGGCUGGCUUGAAAAUGUAGUCAUUAAUAAACUAAUUUUAUGUGCACCUGUGUAGGAGAAUCAAAGUCCUGUAUACUUUCUUUGCCUUGUUCCUGUUCUCUGGGUCACUACUGCUAUGUAGUUACCAAGAGAUGCAAUUCUAGAUCUUAAAAUCGAAUUAGUCCAGAUUUUUGAGAGGUGAUAUUUGGAAGAGAGAUUAUGUCUUCUCUCACUCAGUACAUAACCAUCUUUGAUUACCAGCUAAGAUACAAAAUCACUGUACUGUAAAUAGUUAAUAAAUGAAAGCUUGGUUCAGGCAGA